GCGAAGUUCCCUUUCAGUUCCUCCUCUAAUGUUGCCGACUGCACCGACACCAGCUGAUCUCUCCAUCACUUCGUGUUAGCUUUUUAACGCUCCCACGGAUGCAGACGGAUUUGUCUUUCGGCUCUACAACAGACUCGGUUUUUUUUGCAGGAUUACCCCCCCGAGUGCGCGGACUUCAUCAAGUUGUUCCAGGCGCUUUCUGCUUUUUACGCACAAGAUGGAAUCGGCCCCUCUGGGAAGACCAUAGAAACAAACAGGGCGCCAUACUUCACUACAGUGACAGAUACGAGACGAAGAUCAGCUUCUGGACUGAGCGGUUGUACUGACAUAAGGAAUUGAAACAAGGUUUUUCCCCAUCAGUGUGCUGCGCGGCGUUCCUUCCCAUGGACCUCAGGGUGGGCGAGCGGGGGAUGCGCCCUGGUUCGGACACAGCACUCCUCACCCCGCUGCAGCAACCUUUACUCCUCCCGCCGCCCUUCUCCCCACAGCCCCGCAGCGCUUUCUCCCAGCAGCAGCUGCAUCAGCACAUCAGGUUCAAUAUGGAGCAGAGGAGGUGGGAGCAGGAGCACCAAGAGAAACAACAGGAACUGCAGCAGCUGAAGCACAAAGACAGAAGUCAGCAGAGUGCUGUGGCGAGUUCGGCAGUGAAACAAAAGCUCCAGGAGGUGAUUCUCAAGAAGCAGAAGCAGGCGGCGCUGGAAAGGACGAGCUCAAACGCUCUGAAUGCACAUCCCGUACCGUACAGAAAGCUCGGCCCAGACCCUAAUGUACCCUCCCAGCCUCUGGUCUCGUCUCCACCACAGGGUCCAUCUGACGGUUUGGAGGGGACACCACUGCGCAGAGCAGCAUCGGAGCCCAACCUGAAGGUGAAGCACAAGCUGAAGAAUCACCUGAAAACCCGCAAGAGUCCCCUCACCCGCAAGGAGAGCGCGCCGCCAACCAUCAAGCACCGAGCUCCGGACGCGCUGGACUCUUCCCCCAGCAGCAGUAGCACUCCGGCGUCUGGCUGUAGCUCUCCCAACGACAGUCUGCCCAACGAGAACGGACUGCUGCCCUCUGCGGGCGGCCCCCUGCAUGAGGCUCAGAAGCUGCUGCUCAGAGAUGGCACCUUGUCUAACUUCACCAUCCAGAACCCGUCCACACUACCCACCAUCACACUGGGACUGCCAGUCAACCCAAGGGCUGAGGUGGAGCUCUCCUCGCUGAAAGUGGGCCGUAUUCCCGUGGUCACCGCCGGGGGCUCGCCUGUCUUCCUUCCCCUCAGCAGAGACGACCAAGCAGGGCAGAUGAACCCGCACCUGCCUGUUAUCAUCCUGGAGCCUUCUGGACUCAUGCGCACUCUCGCAGUUCCGGGCCUCGACACCGUCCCAUUGCAGUUUGCUCCGCAGUUAGACCGCCUUUCUCCAGCAGGCGUCCAGCCCCACAAGCCCUUGAGCAGAACGCGCUCCGAGCCCCUCCCUCAGAGCCCACGUGCCCUUCACAACCAUCUCCUCCAGCAGAAGCACAACCUACAGCUGCUGGAGAGGCUCAAACAGCAGACUCACCUGGGCAAGCUGAUGUCCAAGUCCAGCGAGAAGCCCAGACUGCAUCAGAUCCCGUCUGAGGACAUGGAUUCUGAGGAUGGCGGCGGGACUUCACCCACUGAGAGCGGUUAUCAGAGGAGAGCGCGGCCGGAGUCGCUGAGAGAGGCGGAGCCGGCCGGAUCCAAGGCCCGCGAAGAGCAGAUCAACCUGCAGCAUGCGCUCAUACUCAACCAGUCGUUGCUGUAUGAACAGCAGAAGCAGCUGGACCAGAUGCACCAACAAAUGGAGACCCUGGCUGUGCCUGUGUUUCGCAGCAGCAGCAGCAGCGGAGGCGCGGCCUGUGCGUUGGGCAUCCACCGGGCGCUGUCGCGUACGCGCUCUUCCCCGGCCUCCACCUCGCUCACUACGCCUGAGAACCCCCUGAGCCUGACCACACAGGACCCCGCCAGCAAGCCGCGCUUCACCACCGGGCUGGUGUAUGACUCUCAGAUGCUAAAACACCAAUGCACGUGUGGGGACAACAGCAGUCACCCAGAGCAUGCUGGGAGAAUACAGAGCAUCUGGUCACGACUGCAAGAAAGAGGCCUGAGAGGGCAGUGUGAGAGUAUCCGGGGUCGUAAGGCCACUCUGGAGGAGCUGCAGUCAGUCCAUACUGAGCGCCACGUGUUGCUUUACGGCACAAACCCCCUUAACAGACUGAAGCUGGACAACCGCAAACUGGCUGGAAUCCUCGCGCAGAGGAUGUUUGUGAUGUUACCAUGCGGCGGGGUCGGGGUGGACAACGACACCACCUGGAACGAGUCGCAUACUUCCACGGCAUCACGGAUGGCGGCGGGCAGCGUCGUCGAGCUGUCCUUCAGGGUGGCCAAAGGAGAGCUCAAGAAUGGCUUUGCUGUGGUCAGACCGCCGGGACACCAUGCUGAUCCAUCCAAUCCAAUGGGCUUUUGUUAUUUUAAUUCUGUGGCCAUAGCUGCCAAGCAGCUCCAACAGAAGCUGAAUGUCAGCAAGAUCCUCAUCGUCGAUUGGGACGUUCACCACGGUAAUGGCACCCAGGAGGUGUUUUACAGCGACCCCAGUGUUAUGUACAUUUCGCUUCAUCGCUACGAUGACGGAAACUUCUUCCCUGGCAGCGGUUCAACAGCUGAGGUUGGUUCUGGAGCCGGUGAGGGCUUCAACGUGAACGUAGCAUGGACUGGAGGACUGGACCCACCCAUGGGAGAUGCAGAGUACCUCGCUGCCUUCAGGUCUGUGGUGAUGCCCAUCGCCCAGGAGUUCUCUCCAGAUGUCGUUCUGGUGUCUGCCGGGUUCGACGCCGCCGAGGGAAACCCUGCUCCGCUGGGAGGCUACAAAGUCUCUGCCAAAUGUUUUGGCUUCCUGACCCGCCAGCUCAUGUCCCUCGCGGGAGGCCGAGUGAUUUUGGCCCUCGAGGGAGGUCACGACCUCACAGCCAUCUGCGAUGCAUCUGAAGCCUGCGUUAGUGCACUGCUGGGUAUACAGGAUGCAAUGCCAGAGGAAGUUCUGCGCCAAAAACCCAACGCCAACGCCGUCCGCUCCCUUCAGAAGGUCAUAGAAAUACAAAGUCAGUACUGGCAGAGCAUCAAGGCCCACAGCGGAUCGGUGGGCCUGUCCUACGUGGCUGCCCAGAGCCAAGACUGCGAGGAAACCGACGCCGUAAACGCUUUGGCCUCGCUCUCCGUGGGCGUCAUCUCCAACAAGAGGUGCCUGGAUGAGCCGAUGGAUCACGACAGCGACUCCAUGUAGAGGAAUCCGCAGAACUCUCCUUCAAGGGCCUGCGCCUCGCCAGCUGCGCAUCUUCCGGCGCCGUCAUGUUCGCAAUGCCACUGAGGCCCCCCACCCCCCCCCCCUCCACCCCCUCCGCACCACUCAGCCUUCUUCGCCCUCGAACCCACCAGCCGACGCAUGAUGCCGAACCUCAAAGCUAGUAACCACUUGUAGCACUACCUGCAGCUGAGAAACCUUCGGAAACCUCACCAAAGAGCAAUACAAGUCUAUCGAACAGGCUUCUCCAUCUCCUCUGACUGACAUCCAUGCUGAGAGGCAUGGGAGUGAAAAGAAAAAAAAAAAAAACACGUUGAUACAGACAGAUUUCAGAUCUGGAGAUCGGCUCUGAUCCUCCUUGAAGCACUGUGCACCAGCAGCUGAUUUGAUGCCUUAACGUUCCCUUUUUUUUUUUUGGUAAAGCCCAGCAUCAGGUUUCAUGGCGAGGAGACUUUGAACGACAAACCGUCCUCCCUUUCUGCCACGUCGCUUCGCGUGGGAGAGCCGAAGCAAAAGCUGACCAAAAGGAUACUAAACUAACCCACUGUGCGACAUCGGGAGACGGCUCAUAGACUCCACGGAGGAACACGCAAUAAUAUUUCAAAGAAAGGAAGGGAGGACUGAACAAGGAGAAGUGUACUGAGACGGUUUAACCACUAGACCAGUAAAGAACUCAAGAAAAAGAGAGAGCGGAUGAAGACACAAAACGGACAACUGUGGUUUUUUCUUAAAAAAAAAAAAAAGAAAGAAAGAAAACUAAAAAAAAGGACAAUUGUCCUUUGUUGUUUUAUUGCACUGUUCAUUCCUUAAUGUGAACCAUAAGAAAUUCCAAAGCUCUGGGAUCACACAGUUCCUCUUUGUAGUUAAUUUUUUUUUUGGAAGAUCUGGAUUAAAUAGCGUUUUGUUGUAUUUUUUUCCAAAUCUUAUUAUUGUUCCUCACUCGCUCUUUCGAUGCAGGCCGAAAUACCUUACAGUUGUAGUUCCUGCAAAGUAAAGCGGAAGAGUAGGAGAGGUUACUUUCUCCACUGCUGUUCAGUGUCUUAUUCUGUCUUGCGUACAGACGUAAAACGCAUUCCGACAUGUACAAAGCAAACUAUUAUUGUACCACUAGUAUUGAAUGCUGUAUGUUAAUGUUUAUUUUUGAGACUAAAGGCGUGAUCAUUCCACCCUGGCACCUCUGAAGACUAUUAUAUUGUUCUACAAAUGCAGUACUGUUGAUGCACUUAACGCGACUAGAGAUGCACCGAUCAGCUCCCUGUGGCCAACAUGCCAAUUUGGUGUUUGUAACUCUCCCACCUGCUAAUGCUAAUUCCAGGUUCUGUUUAAAAAAAAAAAAAAAAAACAACGACAAUAAUCUAAAAUAUAUAUAUUUACAUUGUGCAGGACAAAAAUCAGCAAAGCACAUACAAGCGGACGACAAGAAAGAGAAACGAGCACACAAACCUCUUGCAAAACUGGAAGCACGUUGUUGACAUGACGGAUGAUGUUGGGAUCCUAAAUAACCGCCGGAGAAUUUAAACAAAGGGUUAUUUAAAAUGACAGCCUAUGGCACAAUGAGCUAGAAAAGCCCCCCCCCCCCACAUUCUGUCAAACAUGUCCCGUGUACCAGGCUUCUGCAAUGAUAGAUUUUCCAUUUGUAGCACUGACACCAUCUCAUUUAGCCGUUAUACAAAACUGGCUUGGGUGGCAGAUUAAAAAAGUUAAGGAAAUGAGUUUUUAAUGCCACCAGCAUCCCGGUGUACAGCCAUCUGAAGAAGAUGGGACACCCACAUACCGCCAGGUUGGGAUGUGGAUGACAUUGCAGGAGUAUGAUCCAGAAAACAACAAAAAAAUAGCCCUCCAAAAUUCAGUUAAUAUUGGACUAAACCAGAACAAGAGACCCCGCCCCUGCCACCGCCCCCGGAUGAAUCACACUUAUCAUGGUAAAUGAUAAGUGUGAUUAAUGAAGGCUUUAAAAUCAGUAAUUGAAAACCUUCAAAAUGUUUUUUUUCCAAUGCCUUCUUGCUGUGAUAUAAUUCUUUCUUCACUUAUUUAUAACUUGAGCCGAGGUGACGUCACACUGUGUGCAUGAUAGAGCAAUCUCGGUAAUACAGGGUUUUACUGUUUGGGGGGGAAAAAAAGGCCAAACUGUUUCUAGGCUAGUUCAGUUUUCUUUAGCAUCUUGUAUUAGUGAUUUACUAAAACAUCCGUCAGAGAACGUAGACGCUUGCUUACUUACUUACUUACGUCUUCUCUGCCACAACUCUCACUGCCUUUUAAACAGCGUCUUCUGCCUUCGGCGCUUCCUUUUCCUUCCCUUUGAAACACCUCCUCGACACCGGCAGUGUCUAACUUUGAGAUCUCUGCUCUGUGUAACAUCUUCCGCGCCGAAGCGAGUUGUAAAUAGUGCAGCCGGUUGGUGCUCAGGUUUGGAUCAAGCUUAAAAUCAGAAGGUUCCCGGUCACAAGCCGAUCCCUCGGUGCAUCUCUACACACGACCCAAAGAAAACCUGCCUUAAAGCGACCUGCUCCAAAUGUUACUGUAUGGAAGUGACAUGAGAACAGGUCUAGCUUGUUUUUGUUGUUGUUGUUGUUCACAUUUUGGAUUAAGGCUCACUUCACAUAUGCAGUCUUUUCUAAACUGUAUGCUUGGGAGUAUGAUGACUCAGUCAGCUCAGAAAGUCUUUUUUAACAUAAUCUUUUGAAUAAAAAAAAAUGGUUUUGCUUAAUGAAGAAAUGUUUUUUUUCUUAAUAACGUUUAUGUCCUGCGAAGAUCUUCUGUCUGAGCUUUGAAACAGCUGCUCUUCUCGGACGGCUACAGUUUUGCCAUGGAAGCCGAUGCCAUGUGACCCUCUGAUGGUUUUAUUGUGACCUCUCUCUGUUCAGGAACUCUGCAUUCCAAACCUUAAGAAAACAAGAUUGUGUUUGUUUGUUUGUGUCGUUGUGGCGUCGCAAAGUGGAGAUGGUCAAAAUGUGUUUCGUGCAUCCCCGUGUCGCCCUCCUAUGUGUGCUGGUGUUGUUUUAGACGAGAGCUGCGGUCGGCUGAGCGUAAUUUCUGGACGACAAGCGUCGAGCUUCUCAAAGUGUUGGCUUCUAGAAAACUCCUCGAAACUUCAACUAAUUAUAAGCAAGUGUGGCUGGAUAGUUUCUCUUUGUAGGUUUUCACUCUGGAAUGCUAAAGCACUCAGAAUAGGACAGUGGAGCUAUUUUUAACUCCUUAUGUGUUUAGUUACGAAGGGGAUUCGGCCUGUAGGAAACAUCGGUUUGUCACUCAUAGAGAAACUGUGGCGGCCUUUUCUUGUAAUCAAACAAGCAUUCUUCCCAACAGAACCCCCCCCCCCCCCCACCCCCAUUUAAACAAAAGACAGUACAUAAACAUAUUUAGGAUCUCGGCGCAGCAGAGGUUUGGCUGUAUUUGCAGAAUUGAGACGAGUCUGUUUGUGUUUUUUUUUUUUUUGUUCCUCCUAAUUUUCCCGGCAGGACGUGUCAGCGCUGAAACAAAACGCUGCACCGGUCUCAUCUAGCACGGCCGGCAGCUGCGUGUCGUCUUGAGUUGUCUUGAAUGUCGUCGAGUGUGAUGCGCAGCGAUCGGUGGCUGCGUGUGCACUUCUUUCGUGUGUUUCGUGCAUGCGUUCGCAAGUAUUAAGGUGUCCGAGAGUGUCCGUCACAUACUGUAAACGAGCUCCGUAUUAAACUCUCCUCGUGUUCCUCUUACGAAGAGGCCGUUUCCGCCUCAGCUCUUAAUUCCUUUCAUUACUGAUGUAAUUUGUACAUUCUUCUUAAAGAAAGACGCUGUAAAUAGAUACCCUGAGACCAAAAUACACGUCACACGUGUGCCUUGAUGCAUUCAGUAGCAUGUGUAUUGGUAGUUUUUAACUAACUGGACUUAACAGUAACUUUGUAUCUCGAACCAUGACAUUGAAAUCUUUGUUUCAUUCUUACUUAACUUGUAUUUUCAUUCACAUUUCUUACCUGGUGUAUGUAUAGAAAGAUUGUCUAUUUUGUACUUCUUGCCUUUUCUUCUUGAUUAAAAAAAAAUAAAUUCUGCUCCAAA